UCAUCAUAUUCAUCAUAAUCAUAAUCAUCCAUAUCAACAACAACAGGAUCAAAAUAUGGAUUUAAACCCUGUUUAUCAUGACAGUGUUAAUGGCAAUGGAAAUCGUCAUAAUUAUCAUCAUCCACAUUUAUCGAAUGGUCAAUCAUUUCAUUAUCAUCAACAACAACCAAUGCAAUCAUCAGCAUCCGAAUUACAGACAAAAAAUGCAGAUGAAUUAUUUAAAGAAUUUGCAGCCGGUUAUAGUAAUUUGAAUGGUAUGGAUAAUUUUUUUGAAGAAUCAUCAUUAUCAAAUGAACGACCAGAAUCAAAUCAUCAUCAUCAUCAUUAUUUUAAAUCACCAUCAUCAAUGAAUCAAGAUAUUAAUGGUAAUGGCAAUGAUUUAAUUACAACAUCAUCGAAUGAAAAUCAAAUGGAUGUAACGGAUGGUCCAUUCACUAAAUCAUCACAACAAUAUCCAAUGUAUAGUAGCCAUCAGGAUGAUGAUAAUCCACAUUCACAACAUCAAAUGUAUUCAUCAUCGAUUAAUACUAAUCAUCACCAUCAUCAUCCGAUGGCAACAGCAAAUACAAAUGAUUUUCAUUCAACAACAAAUUCAGUUAAUGGAAAUAAUGAUAAUGAAAUGCAAACAUUAAUGUCAUCAUUAACAUCGAAUGAUGGUAGUAAUAAUUAUAUUAAAAAUGCUAUUAUCAAUGAAUUUUCAAAUCUAAGUCCAGCUGAUUUUGGUUCAUUUUCGGAUUCAAUGUCACCAAUGUCAAUGAAUGGUGUUAACGGUGCUGGUGGUGUUAAUAAUAAUAACGGUAAUAAUAUGAAUCAAAUAAAUGCUGGUAUUGCCGGUUUUCAACCGGCACCUGAAGGUGGUCAAUUACCAGCACCACCGGGUUAUAAACAUGUUGGCUAUAUAACAAUACCGGCUGGUGCUGCAAAUCUACCGAAUAUGAUUUCAAGACAACCAAAUGGUUUACCAAUUAUUCGUCCAAUGCAAUCGUCAUCAUCUUCGACAUCUUCUUCAUCAUCAUCAUCGAAUAAUGGUGGUAAUCAAAAAGAUAAAAAUAAUAAAGAUAAUAGUAAAAAAAUUCAAGAUCAUAAAAUGUCUGAAUCAAAACCAGUUAGAAGUUUAUUAAGUAAAUUAAAUCCAUUAAAUAUGUUAAGACGUUUACGUCAAAGACGUGAACGUAGACAAACAAAUGAUGGUGGUGGUAAUAAUUCAAAUGAUUAUAUGCCAUCAUAUCAAACAGCAAAAUAUGGUCAUUCAAAUUUAUAUCAUCAAAUGGCAGCAGCAAGUAAUCAAUAUCCAACAAUGUCAUCAUAUCCAACUGGUUAUAGUAGUAUUUCUGGAUUGGGUGGUAUGUCCGGUUUAGGUGGAAUGUAUGCAGCAAUGAGUGGUAUGAAUGGUAUGUCAUCACCAUUAUAUAUGCCAUAUGGUUUUACUGGUGGUUAUGGUACUGCAGCCGGUGGUGGUGGUGCUUAUGGUGGUUAUGGUAUAUCACCUUAUCUACGUAAUCCAGCAGCUGAUAUGAAUUAUGCAGCCGCUGCAACAGCACAAUCAGCAAUGGCAAUACCAAUGAUGAUGCCAAUGACUGGUUAUGGUGCUGCAUAUUCACCAUUAGGUAUGGCUGGAUAUGGUGCAUAUGGUGCUUAUCCUGGUAGUAUUGGUCAACAUCCAGGUAUGAUGCAACAAUCAACAGGACAACAAUCAUCAUCAUCCGGUGGUUCAUCAUCUGAAUCAUCAUCUUCAGGUGGAUCAUCAACAAAUGAUCAAGUUAGUUCAGCAUUAGCUGGACAAACAUUACCUGGUGGUAUUAAUCUAUCGGAUUUAUUAAAAGAUGAAGAAGAAGAAGAACCAUCGAAAUUUAAAAAAUUUAUUAGCUACCUAAAUCCAGCAAAUGUAUUUAAACGUUUCCGUAAUAAUUCUAAUAGUAAUAGUGAUGAACGUAUUGGACAACGUCGUAGACGUCGCCAAAUUGAUCUUUAUGAAUUGAUUGAUGCGGAUACAAUCAAACAAUAUCCACGAAAUCAUCAACAACAAAGAACAAAACGUAAUAUUGAUGAUAAUUUUGAUCAAAAAGAUAAUUUAACCAUCGAUGAUGACCAUCAUGAUAUUAAUAAUAACAACAAUUUAACAUCGAUGAUUAAGCAAGAUAAUGGUAAUGAUCAACUUGAUGAAAUGGAACUGUUAACACAUUCGGAUACGAUGCCAAAAGUAUCACAUGAAUCAUCAUCAUGGCGACAAAAAUCCUCAUCAUCAACAACAUCGACAACAAAACGUUUAAAAUUACCAUCAAUGGGUAGUAGAAAUUUUGAAUUAAUUCGUGGUGGUACAUAUCGUUCAAUCAGUGGUGGUGGUGGUGAUAGUGUUGGUGGAUAUCAUGGAUCAAUAAUCGAUGAUAAUUUUAGUGAUGAUUUUGAUUCAAUACAUUCACAUUCAAUACAUCAUUCACAUCAACAUUUACAUCAUCAACAUUUGAAUAAUAAUAAUAAUAAUAAUUUACCAUUAACAUUAACUAAUGAUCAAUUACAACCAUCGCAAGAAUUAAUGGGUUUUCAAGGUUUUAAUGAUCAUAAUAAUAAUAAUAAUAAUCAUUUAUCAUUUCAACAUCCAUUAUUGGCUAAAUCAGAAAAAUUGGCUAAACAUUUAACGGAAAAUCAUCAAGAUCACGAUGAGGAUAAUGUUGAUGUCAAAUCAAGUAGCCAUGAUGAUGAUGAUGGUGAAGCAUUAUCAUCAUCAUCUUGAAGUAUUUUUUUUUUCUUCGUUCAUUAUCAACUAUCUAGGCUUGUCAUUAUUGCAUCGACUGCAUCAUCCGCAUUCGCAUCAUUACACCACCAUCAGCAAACGACGAGGGUUUCAAUUUGAUUCGACUGAAUCCGAAGAGA